GUACACCAUAAUUUAUUCAACGAAAACUCUUCUGCAACUGAGGAAGCGAGGUCAGUUGUAAAAUCAAUUGCGGAAAAUAUUCUGAAGGAAAAUAAUACGCAUACGCUUACUACUGAUAUCGGACUUCUAGAGUCAAAAUGCUUGACGGCAUAAGCUGAUGACGCCUUUGUAUUCUUGGUUUAAUGUCAAAACAAAUUUGUAUAUCCAAAUGGUGGUAAAUCAUCGACGAUCUUCUGGCUGCAGCUACUUAGGGACGUCAACCACGCCUGGUUACUGUAGUGCCAUCUUACAUCUUAGGAGGCCUAUGGCCAAACUUUGUUUAUCAUCUCUUUUCUCCAUAAGCCUUGCAGAGUUUUACAGCAGCAAUAACUUAAGACAGACUUUAAAGUGUAACAAUAAACUUACAUUGAGAACUAAAUGUUUAUUUAACCCAGUGCUUGAAACUUUAAAACAGAGUGAUAACAACUGUGAUAAUAUAGAAGAUUUUGAAAUAUUUUCUAGUGAUAAAAUCAUUCAACAAAAGCUAUUUAUAGAAGCAUGCCAGUUGAUGAUAACACUGAUAGUAAUCAGGAGAUAUCUAAUGGAAAGAGUGGCCACACGCGAGAAAGUGUUAGCAGUAGCAGCAGCAGCAGUUUGGACAGUCUCUUCUCAUCAGAAGAUGACUCUUCCUCUAUGCCCUCACCUCCAGAUGGAGGCUAUGGUUGGAUGAUAGUAUUUUCAGCCUUUUUGAUCAAUCUGAUAAGUGACGGAAUUUCAUUUUCAUUUGGAAUACUCUAUACAGAGUUGCUGAAUUAUUUUGGAGAAAGUAAAAGUCUAACAUCAUGGGUUGGAUCUUUAUUUUAUGGAACAUGUUUGAUUGGUGGUCCUCUUGCCAGUGCCUUAGCCACAAAGUUUGGAUGCCGGAAAGUGUUGAUGGUUGGUGGUACUAUAGCAGCCUCUGGAGCUUUCAUCAGUGCGUUCGUAGACAGUAUUGGUAUGCUAUGUGUGACCUUUGGUGUGAUCACAGGACUAGCAAUGUCAAUGGGGUAUGUAACAUCAGUUGUUAUAGUUGCCUUCUAUUUUGAAGACAAAAGAGCUCUAGCAACAGGUUUGUCUGUGUGUGGAUCAGGAAUAGGAACUUUCAUAUUUGCUCCUCUCACAGAGUAUUUAAUACAACUGUAUGGGUGGCGAGGUACAAUGAUCAUUUGGAGUGGAAUAAUACUAAAUCUUGUAGUCUGUGGAGCUCUUCUCAGACCAUUGGAAUUUACUCCCCAAGAAAGAAGGUUAAGAGCUCUUCAGAAAUUUGAAAGGAUGUCAAGAACAGUAUCUUACUCCGGAGCUUCAAUAGCUGGUAGAAAUGUAAGCAGGAACCCAAGUGAAGCAAUGAGUGACACAGAUAAUUCUGAUACUCUAGAUGAAGAUUUGCUAGAACAUUGUCAUUCUCAGAUUCAGAUACCAACAUUUUUGAAAGAUAAAAUUCCCAUACCAAUAGAAAUCCUUAAAGAAGGAAAGAAGAAUUCAAGGGUUAUCAAAGAUUAUGUGCAGCACUACAAUGAAGAAACUUCUACUAUGGCAGAUAGUGAAGUUGUAGAUUCCAGUAAUACUUCUAAAGAUGACACAGUUGUAAUGUUUCAAAAUGGACAAACCAAUAUUAAAUUGGCAAAUAGUACCAUUAAAAAUGUGGUAGGAAAACCCUCUGGAAGCUGUUUAAAGAAAUCCUCAAAUAAUCCAAGCAAGCAUCAGUCCCAACAAAAGAAGCAUGUGAGAAUGAGUACCUACCUACCACUGUAUAGAAAGGGUUUGUUCUUCCGUGGUAACUUGGCACGCUUCACAGGAUCUGCUGGUCAGGUUCGAUCCACAAGUUGUCCAGAAUUAUCAAAUAGACACUUGGAUGAUAGUGAUAGUGAGAGCGAUAGUUCCGAUGAUGGAGAGUGGGACUUUUUAUGGCGAUACUUGCAUUUCAGUAAACACAUGAAGCGAGUUAUUAAAACAAUGUUUGAUCCUUCAAUACUGAAACAUCCCCUCUACAUAAUGUUUGCAUUGUCAAACUUUAUCUUAUAUUUCUGGUAUGAUGUUCCAUAUAUAUUUAUCACCGAUAGAGCUAUUGAAUUAGGCAUGGAAGAAUCAGACGCAUCAUUCCUUAUAUCUGUACUGGGCAUAGUCAACACUUUCGGUCAGAUAUUUUAUGGUUUCAUUGGAGAUUUAGAAGUGAACUUGAAUUUGUUAUAUGGGUUUUCUCUAAUGGCGUGUGGAUUGGCUGUAGUACUUGUUCCUAUAUUUGUUGCCUUUGUUCCUCUGGCAGUCCUGUCUGGGGCAUUUGGUCUCUUCAUUAGUGUAAACUACUCCUUGAGCACGGUGAUUCUAGUAGAAUAUCUCGGACUGGGAAAGCUGUCUAAUGCUUAUGGAUUGACUAUGCUAGUGCAAGGAAUUGCCAACCUCGUUGGACCACCAAUUGCAGCUCUAUUCCGCGAUGCCACUCACUCUUACGAUGUAACAUUUUAUCUUGGUGGAGGUUUCAUCAUCCUGUCCGGGCUACUGUUGCUGUGUGUUCCACUAAGUCGUCGAUGUUGCCGUAACCUUCGCUUACAGGAGAAAACUCGAGUUUUAACAAACUAUAAUGCCACUAAUAGAGAGAUUGUGAUACAACCACCGGAAGAUAAGUUAGCAAAUGUUGGAGAUAUGCCAUGUUCAUCACUUCUGGUAGAUAACAACGAAACAAGUGUCUAGAAAAAUAACAUACCAUUCAAUAUGUGAUAGUAACUAUUAUUUCAUAUAGAAUAUGUACUUGUGAUAUGUAUACUCUAUCAUUAUCAUAUUGUGGAGAAAUGAUUUAUAAAAUGAAUAUAUUAAAUAUAGAAAUUGAAUGUUAUCAUUUAUUUUACAUAUCUCUGAUAGAUAAAAAUGAGGAAACUUUUUUGUAGAUGAAAAUAAUGAAACUUCCUUGUAUCAUUUGUGGUGUGUAUCUACAAGCUUAUAAUUGUAUAAGUUGACUUUAGUACUCAGUUUUAUAGUAACUAUCUUGUUAAUGCAUCAGAAAAUUAACAUGUUAGCUAUUUAAAGUAUUAUGAAGUUAGUUUUAUGUGAAUUAUGACUGAUAAAUUUAUUUUCUUUGUUUCCUUAUUCUUUAUCUUUUUAUGGAACAGAAGUUAAUAUGGUGAUGUGAUUUGUUAAUUAUAAUUAUUUUACUGUUUAUGACCCUCUGCAUAUAGUGCUUGAAUUGUUUGUCUGCCAACACUAUGGUAAAUAAAUAGAAGGGGGAGGGCAUCUAUCUGUAAACAACAAAAGAGAUCUGAACAAAAUUUAAUAACAUCAUAAUUUAGACACUUGUCAAUACUAUGUUCAUCUAACAUUACAUGUUACAAGUUACAUUAAAAAAUAAAAUUUCAUAAUUUUGCUCAUAUAAUCUUUCUGUGUAUACUGAUGUCUUUCAUGUUUAAUAUGGACAUACAUACGGUGGUCCUCUACAUUUGGAUAGUGUUAGGGGUCAGUUGGGUCAAGCUAAAAAGUGCUAAAAAUAGAUUUUAACUCCUGCUUCAUACAGCCUUUAUUUAUUGUCAGGUGUCUGAUCAUAAUUUUACUGGUCCUCUAGCUUUGGGUGGAGUUAGGGGUAAAGAUCAUGGCUGCUAAAAAUAGAUUUUUCAGAUUUGUUCAUAAGUCCUCAUAUUUUUGACUGAUGUAUUUCAUAUUAAUUGGAUGGAAUAUACCUCGGAUGGUCAAGAGUUGGGAGUCACGAGGUCAGGGUCUUCUGUGCUAACAAUAAAUUUACACCUGCUUAUAUGGCCUUUAUGUUUCACCCAUGUCUUUCAUAUUUAGUAGAACAUACCUUGUGUUUUCCUCUAACAGGUCACUUGGGUCAAGGUCUUGCAUUUAUAUAAAUUAAAUUGUUUCUAAUUGGUAAGUUAAAUUUUUUUUAACUUCAUCAAAUAGCAUUGACAUUCCAGCUUAAUUUUUUCACAGUAGAAAAGGUAAUAACUGUUUUAACAAUAUUUUUAGCAAUGGUUUUAGGUUUCAUUACUGAGUAUUUGGGUAAACCUUUUUGAAAAAUUUGUGGACAAGAAUCUUGGCCAGGGGCACUUGUGUUUACCAAACACAUUCUUCUGGUUACAAAACACAUUCAUGUUUAAAUAUUAUUUUAACAUACAAACAAAAACAAGGUUUGUUUAUU